AUGAAUGAAACUGAAGAGAAGCUGAUAACUGAGGACGAUCGCCACUAUGUAUUUGUCCGGCCCAAAGCAAUAGUGGGAUCGUCAGGCACUGUAUGGGCCAGCGAAACAGUUCGUUUGCGACAUGAGGAUCCAUCAGCUUUUGAGGUUGACGAACCGACACCUGGCAGUCCACAGUACUCACUGGGAUUUCGUAAAUGCUGCGCGCGACUACACGAUGACCUCUUUCUUUAUUAUGAUAUGACAGAGUCAGAUGACCUAGACAAAAUAUCCGGAGAAACAGGAAGUAACUGUAAAUUCUUCACUUACGAAAAAGAGGGAGCAGAGCACUUGAAAUUAAGGAUUGACAAUUUGUUGCAGUUUUGCGAAGACACAGAAAUGUCAGAGCACAAUAGGGCUCUGUUUGCUAGUCAGAUAAUACCAGUCACGAAACGCAUUUUAGAUGCCAUUGAUGAUCUGUUUAAAGAGGAAGUCGAUUCAAUGGAAAAAGAUGCGAGAAAGGACAGGAUUUUAAUGGUAACCAGUUCAUGUAAACAUGGUCUAGAAGUUCUCGGAGAUCUCUGCCUUCCACCUGUAAAGCCACGAUGGGCUGACCUUACAGAUGCUGGUCCGGGCGUAGGAGUUUCCAACUAAGAAGUUAGAUUUCGAGACGCCGAGUUAGCAAGGGUUCACAAUUCCGAUUAUAGAGUGCGAUGUCAUCGUUCGAGGGGCGACAGCGGGCAAGGUGAAGCCGAAAGGACAAACUCGGCAAUUUCUGAUGCUCUUGUGGAUGGCGCAACUCUAGAGUGGGAAAAAUAUAGGAGGUUUGAGGAUCUUUCAGAAGAGGAAAUCAAACAACUGUCUCUCCAGUCAUACGAAGAGUACGAAAAGAAACGGAUGGAGAAAAAUGCCUGGUAUGUCUGUAGUCAGGUAGCCGAGAGAAUUGAUGAUGCCCCUGUCCUUAAAGAUUACAUCAAGAACAAAGUAAGCGAGUCCCCUGAUGAUUUAUUCUUUUUCAAUUCUGUUUACCUCGACAACUAUCGGGGUGCAUCAGAACGAAACAAAGAGCAAGCGCCCGGUGCAGCAUACUUCCGAAAGAUCGAAUCGUUUAUGGAAGACCACUAUAUUCGUGGAGAACUUUUUAUGGAAUUCUGUCGUGAUGCCUGUAAAGAGUCAAGAGAAGAAAGUUCCAAUCUCUGUUCCUGGUGUUCUAACAAUAGAUGGGUCGGUCCAGAAACGGAAAGAAUUCCGCAACCUGUACCAGACUCAAACAAUCCUGGACAUUUCAUGGAUAUCUAUCAGACGGAAUCGACGGGCAGGACACCAGAUGAUUACCUUCCAAGAAAAUGUAUUAAAUAUCUGUACGAGGAACAUUCUGACAGUAUCAGAAACGAGCAGGAUACCAUGAAGAGCUUCUGCUCAAAAUAUAAUGUGGAAGAGAAGCACGUCAUUGCAUAUGUUAAUCAUUUGAAGGAUAUCGAGAUCCGAAAGGACAUGAGAACAAGAGCAGCUGAGGAGCGAAGAAGGCAAGAGGCCGAACGAACGUGCAAGGACUUUCAAUGGGAUAACCUCAUCGAGGGUGGCAAAGUUGAAAAGUUGCGG